AUGUCUCCGCCUCUGGGUAGCCCAUACAAGACGCUCAACGACUCCGUUCGCCAAGACAGCGUGCAACUCGCCGGAGUCCUAGUCAUCCUUGCCAUCGUGCUCGCAGGCGGAAUCUGGCUGUGCAUCCACUUCUACACAGAGCGGCGCGCGGCCCAAAGAGACAGACUAAACGCAGACUCCAUCCCCUCAGAAGCGAUGCAAGUCCCCUCGAUGAACCCAAGCACGUAUGUUGACCACUCCGUUCGAGCACGCAGUGAGACUCGAGCGCAGCGGAAUAUGUCCAGGGCCCGGCUCCCAGACAGGGCCCCCGCCACCCGAGAGGCCAUCCGUGUACCCGCCGCCGUGAAUGGCCACCCCACGACUGAGGAUGCCGUCUCCUGCGUGCCCGCGCCCUCACCCACCACUUUGCUGCGUCCCGUGCCCGAGUCCAUCCCGCGCCCUCAGUCUGUAUCAUUCGCCCGCCCUAUAUCAGGCUCUUUCUCUUUCUCCGGCCCGCGGACCUCGCACCGCUAUGGCGCGUACCGCACAAGCACAUACUCGAUCGCAUCCUCCGUCUCUGCGCUCGACGAGGUGCACAUGCGCGCCGUCCGCCAGGAAUUCCGCCCAACGCUUCCGGACGAGCUCGCGCUUACGGCAGGCGAGCGUGUCGCGGUCGCGAGGGCCUGCGGCGACGGCUGGUACAUCGUCGGACGCGACAGCCGUGGACGCCCGGGCGACAUCGAGCUUGGUGCCGCGCCGUUGUGGGCGUUCGCGACCCCCGUGGAGGGUGUGGUGCCCGUGCGUCCGCAGCGGACGUCAAGCCUUGGCAUCCAUGUCACGCUUGACACCACGGGAGGCCUGUGCUUCUCGUGGACAAAUGCGACAUCGUGA